UAAGAGGAAAAGAAGCGUGAUGGGCAAGAGUUCACAGAGGAAGCAACGUGACUGUGUAAACCAAUGCAAAUCAAAGCCUGGCUUGAACACCUCAAUCCCUCUGAGAAUGUCCAAUUACACAUUCAAGAGUCCAGUUACGAGAAUUACACCCCAUCCUGGCAAUGAGGUCAGAUACCAUCAAUGGGAGGAGAGCUUGGAGAAGCCUCAGCAGGUCUGCUGGCAGAAGAGACUGCAAGGACUGCAGGCUUACAGCAGCGCAGGGGAACUUUUAAGCACUUUGGAUCUUGCCAAUACUUUGCAAAAACUUGUCCCUAGUUACACAGGUGGAUCUCUGCUGGGGGAUCUUGCCGGUGGUCUGGAGCACUCCUGCCCCAUGCCCCACCUUGCCUGCUCUUCAGAUGUGGUGGAGAUAAUUCCCAGAGAGGGAGUGGGUAUCUCGCAGCUCCUCUGCCAACAAUUUCUGGUCACCGAGGAAGAUAUCAGGAAACAGGAAUGGAAAGUGAAGACAGUCAGAGAGCGACUCGCAAUAGCAUUGAUUGCGGAUGGACUCGCUAAUGAGGCGGAGAAAGUGAGAGGCCAAGAAGGCUGUCCUGAAAAAAGCUAUGAAAAAAAGAGAAGAUAGUGCAGAUGAAAUAAAGCGUAAUCCUUUAUUAA